CAACUACUCUUCCCAUCGGUUCCAAUCAUUCACUAAUCGGUUCUUUUAAUUAGGAAUAUUCUGUCUUCGGUUUUCGAUUUGGUUCACAGCGUAGACCUCAUCCAAAGCACAGACACUGAGAUCUUGGAGGCUAUGAAAAGGCCAGAACUCGGGGUCACUUUAUCUAAGAUUCAUUGCUGGCGCUUAACUCAAUACAAGAAGUGUGUCUUUUUGGACGCCGACUGUCUUAUCGUUCACAACAUCGACGAACUGUUUGAAAAAGAGGAGUUGUCAGCGGUUCCCGACAUCGGAUGGCCGGACUGUUUCAAUUCAGGCGUUUUUGUGUACUCGCCAUCAGAGGAGACAUUCAGAGCACUGCUUAAGUCGGCGAUUGAGAGCGGAAGUUUUGAUGGCGGAGACCAGGGAUUGCUUAACACAUACUUCUCUGACUGGCGAACGAAAGACAUUUCACGGCAUUUGUCGUUCAUUUAUAACAUGAGUUCAAUUGCCGUAUAUUCAUAUCCGCCCGCAUAUAAGCAAUUCGGAAAGAAUGUCAAAGUUAUCCACUUUUUGGGUUCAUUGAAGCCCUGGUUCUAUCCCUACAAUGUAUUGUCGGGUCAGGUGUCGCAACCAAAGGACAUGCAGGGGUCGCAGCAAUUAGAGCACGUCCAGCAAUGGUGGGAUAUAUUCAUGAGUAAAGUCCAGUCUUCCCUGACCACCGAUGACAGCGGACUGGCCGGCAGUCUCUCUAAAAUCCAUUUGUCGGGCGAAUACCGGGGUUUAGAAGAGGUUCAGGGCGGCAAUCGGGAUGAGUUUGCCCGUCAACAGGCCUGGGAAAGGGGUCAAAUCGACUACUUGGGCACCGAUUCGUUCGCCAACAUCCAGAAGAAGAUCGAUGAGGCCAUCAACGCUCGUGUGGGACAGUAGUCUGUGUGUCGUCGACCGUCGGUGUCUUACUUCAGUGCCUUUAGUCCACCAUUUCUUCAUUUGUCAAACGUUUUUAUUUUGUGCCAAAAGUUUUAAUUUCCUUUUGUUUGUCUAAUAUUUAUAGUUUUGAAAUGUUUUUAACUCUUAUUCAGAAUCUCUUUAGCGAUUUGUGUGCAAAAUAUGGCUUAAAACUAGUCUUUGUUUUUAAAGAAAUUUAAUAAUAUUUGAAAAUAAAUUAUUUUAUCAUAACUUUAGAUAA